AGAGGUGGAAGAUAUGGUCGACGAGGUGCAAUGCGUGGUGGUCGUGGCGACGCCAGCAGUGCAGGGCGUGGUCGUGGCAGUGAGGCAUUCCUAUCUGAGCAGAUCUCAGCUUUGAACAUUGAUGAUAAUACAGCGGAAGGUUAUGGUUGUCCACCAUCGUAUGUACUGGAAAAUUAUCGCGAUCAGGCUGAGACAGUGGCUGGAGUUUCACAGCAUACACGUGGUUUUGGAACAGUUGCAGGUUAG